ACUGGCCGGGCUGCACUGAAUAAGCACACAGGACCUGAAGAAGCUGGUUUUACAUGGAGCUCCCUCCCCCACACAAAGCUGUCAGCCGACACAAGCCUUGUUUACUUGCUCUGUCAGCUGUAUCAAGCUGGAUUUCCUUUGUGUAAAAAACAACUCCGUCUUGCUCUUUGGCUUCUGUGUUUUUUUUCUCCCUGGACUUUUGACUGUAAGGCUCUUCCUGGGAAUUUAGGUGUUCCUCGUGGCUGUUUUCCUUCCUUUCCAUUUCUGUAUCCCUGAGUGACACAGCUCCCAGGACCAUCUUUAUCAUGACACUAAAUUCAAAUCGAAAUGAGCCAGCUGCUAUGUUUGAGAGUGUCAACAGCCUGCGGACGGUGCUGUCGGACCUGUACCUGGAGCAACUCCUUCAGAAAAGCAAGCCUGACAAAUUACAGACUAACGCAGUGAGGCAGAGUGUUAUCGCAGAAGAUAUUUACACUAAUGGGGUGCCAGCCCAGGGGUAUCCAGAUACAGAAAGGAAUGUCAGGGAGGUUACAAAAGUGCGGCUCAUCCAGUUUGAGAAGACAAGCGAUGAGCCAAUGGGAAUCACACUGAAGCGGAAUGAAAAAGACUGUUGUAUGGUAGCCCGGAUUCUCCACGGAGGAAUGAUUCACAGGCAAGGUUCACUACACGUGGGAGAUGAAAUCACAGAAAUUAAUGGGACAAGUGUGGCUAACCACUCCAUAGACCAGCUCCAAAAAAUGUUGAAAGAAUCCAAAGGAACCAUUGCACUGAAAGUCAUCCCCAAGCAACUGAGCCGGCCACCAGCAAUUGAGAUGUACAUGAGAGCUCAGUUUGAUUAUGACCCAAAGAAGGAUGACCUGACUCCAUGCAAGGAAGCUGGGCUUAAAUUCCAAACUGGUGACAUAAUUCGAAUUAUUAACAAGGAGGAUCCCAACUGGUGGCAAGGUGUCAUUGUAGGAUCACAGUCUGAGGCAGCAGAGUUGCUACCAUCUCCUGAGCUCCAAGAAUGGCGUCUGGCCAGUAAAAGCCCAUCAAAUCAGUCUUCAAAUCCCAGCUGCAGUCCUUUUGCCAAAAAGAAGAAGUGCAAAGACAAGUAUCUUGCUAAACACAGCUCAGUUUUUGAUCAGCUGGAUGUGAUUUCAUAUGAAGAAGUGGUGAAAAUCCCUGGUUUCCAUAGGAAAACCUUAGUGCUGAUAGGAGCCAAAGGGGUAGGAAGAAGCCACAUUAAAAGUGUACUGCUUACAAAAUAUCCAGAGACAUUUGAGGCACCUGUACCAUACACCAGUAGGCCUCAGAAGAAAGAUGAAGAGGAUGGUAAAGAUUAUUACUUUAUUUCCAGUGAUGACAUGAGUAAAUGCAUCAGUGCCAACCAGUUCCUCGAGUUCGGUAGCUUCCAGGGGCACAUGUUUGGCACCAAGUUUGAGAGUGUCCACACAAUCCAUCAAAAGGGAAGGAUUGCACUCCUUGAUAUUGAGCCACAGACCGUGAAACUCAUCAGAACUGCAGAGCUGUCUCCCCUCAUUGUCUUUGUAGCACCAACUGACAAAGCAGAACAGAUUGAUGCUUUGCAACAAAUUAAGAAGGAUUCUGAAGCCAUUUACACUUCAUAUGCUCACUACUUUGACCUCAAAAUUGUCAACAACGAUGUUACGGAAAGUGUGAAGGGACUGCAAGAAGCCAUCAAGGAGGCAUCCUCUAGUCCCCAGUGGAUCCCUGUGUCUUGGGUGUACUAACCUUUCUUGUAGUGACAGUGCUGUUACAGCACUACUCCUAAGAGCCAUAACCAAUUAUAAAUGAAGAGUACUGGGACACAGCCAAAUACAAGAACUGUGAACAAAUGGAGCAGUUCUGCAAAGAUACACAGAUGAAACGGCACUGAUUUCCAUACAGUGUUUACAUGAAAUUCAUAGUGUCAUGUCUGUUACCCUCCUAUUCAACUGUAUGAGGAACACAUAUUUCCUUUAAUUAAAGGUUACAGUCAUGUUGAUAGUAUUAAGUCAGAACCCUACAACUAGGAUUUUCAUGUUUGCUGACACUCCACUUGUUUGGUUCCACGUAAGGGCAGCAAUGCUGCAACAUGUUUCAAAAUAUGUUUACAGAAACGUGUAAGGCUUAUGCAAAUACCUCUUAAACUUUAAUAUUUCUUCAUACAGAUAGUAACCAUUCAAGGUUGCUUCCCUUAUUAAUCAAUAUCCUCGUAUUGAAUUUAUGGUUACUGUGCCAAAUUCCCUGUGGUUUGUUUUGAAAAUCUUGUACUUAAUAAAAAUUUUUAAAUUGCA